GGCCGUGACGGCGGUACAAUGGCGGCGCCCGUACCCCCGCCGCGGCCCGUCACCCACCUGCUCUUUGACAUGGACGGCCUCCUCCUGGAUACCGAGCGGCUCUACUCAGUGGUGUUCCAAGAAAUAUGUGACCGCUACGGAAAGAAAUAUAGCUGGGAGGUCAAGUCCCUGGUUAUGGGGAAAAAGGCGCUAGAGGCGGCCCAGAUCAUCAUAGACGUCCUGCAGCUCCCCAUGUCCAAAGAGGAGCUGGUGGAAGAAAGCCAGACGAAGCUGAAGGAAGUGUUCCCCACCGCGGGUCUGAUGCCAGGUGUGGAGAAGCUGAUCCACCACCUGAGAGAGCAUGACGUGCCCAUGGCCGUGGCCACCAGCUCCGGCUGCGCGUCCUUUGAGAUGAAGACCAGCCGACACAGGGAGUUCUUCAGCCUGUUCGACCACAUUGUUUUGGGCGAUGACCCCGAAGUGAAGAAUGGGAAACCGGACCCCGACAUCUUCCUAGCCUGUGCGAAGAGAUUUUCUCCUCCGCCUCCCAUGGACAAGUGCCUCGUGUUUGAAGACGCUCCCAACGGCGUGGAGGCGGCCCUCGCAGCCGGCAUGCAGGUGGUCAUGGUUCCAGAUCGGAACCUGCACCGACGCCUGACGUCCAAGGCCACCCUGGUGCUGGAUUCCCUGGAGGACUUCCAGCCCGAGCUGUUCGGUUUGCCGCCCUACGCGUGAGCGGCCCGCCCUGCCUCCCGGCCACACAGCGCCCGCUCAGCUGAACCCCGGCACCCAGGAGAUCGCCACAUGACCGGUCCUUCCAGCCCGUGAACUCGACCUUCUAUCCCACGUGGCCUCGGCAUGGCGGACCCGUGCUGACAAGCCACGUCCCAGCUGAGAGACCGCCCAGCAGACGCAGCCUAUGACAGGGACCGAAACGCUCAUUUACAUGAUCCUACACCCUAUGGGGGUGACCGUACGGUGUCGUGGCCUCGCAGUAGUCAUGCAAGAGUCACGUACGGCCAGGACACACCCUUGCGUGACAGUGCUCGUGCGUGCACGUGUAUGUGUGCCUGCGUACGUAUACGUACUUACACGUAUGCUCGUAAAUGUAAAACACGUCCUUUUCCAAGACAAAACUAAAUCCUCUCUGUGUUCCUUUCUUUUCCUUUUCGGUUUUUCUAAACCCUGGCUGGAAAACGUGAAAUAUAUGUGUGUGCUUACA